AUGGUCCCGGUGCUCAGUGCUCAUGCACGAGUCACAGCGACGCUGGUUCUGCUCCUGUCCAUGCUCAGCUUGGCUGCUGGUGGGAAGCUGCUGGUGGUGCCGGUGGAUGGGAGCCAUUGGCUCAGCAUGCGGGAAGUGUUGGAUGGUCUGAAGCAGAAGGGACAUGAAAUAGUCGUCGUAGCACCUGAAAUCACUCUCCACAUAAAGCCAACAAAGAAUUUUGUUAUGAAAACGUACCCAGUGCCUUUCACGCAGGAAGAGCUGGAUCGCACCUUCUGGAGAACUGGCCAGAAUGCGUUUGAAGAAGGAUCUUUUCUGGAAAGAUUUUUUAAAACACGUGAACUAGUGAAAAAUACCUCUGCCUUGUUCCUGUCUACCUGUUCACACUUACUGUACAACAAAGAGCUUGUCACAUAUCUUAAGGAGAGUCAGUUUGAUGCUGUUUUUACAGAUCCUUUCCUACCCUGUGGGCCGAUACUGGCUGAGCAUCUUUCACUCCCUUCUGUGUUUAUUUUGCAACGCUUACCAUGUGAUUUAGACUUACAAGCCACUCAGUGUCCCAGUCCCCCUUCUUAUGUCCCCAGGGCAUUCACAGAUCAUACAGAUCGCAUGAACUUUCUCCAGAGGGUGAGGAACCUAAUAUAUGACAUCCCAAAUUAUUUUCUCUGUAAUUUUGUUUUUCAACCAUACGCAACACUGGCUUCUGAAUUCCUCCAGCGGGAUGCAACAAUGCUCGAGCUGUUCAGCCACGCGUCUGUUUGGCUCAUGAAAUAUGACUUUGUGUUUGAGUACCCCAGGCCCCUAAUGCCUAAUAUGGUCUUGAUCGGAGGCAUAAGCUGCACUCAGGAAAAAGCGUUAUCACAGGAAUUUGAAGCUAUCGUGAAUGCCUCUGGAGAACAUGGCAUUGUUGUCUUCUCGCUGGGCUCCAUGGUCUCUGAGAUUCCUAUGAAGAAAGCCGAAGAAAUUGCAGAUGCCUUGGGCUCUGUCCCUCAGACGGUUUUGUGGAGAUACACGGGAAAGGUGCCCCACAACCUGCCAAAGAACGUAAAGCUCACCAAAUGGCUGCCACAGAAUGAUCUUCUAGCUCACCCUAAGGCUCGUGCCUUUAUUACCCACGGAGGCUCACACGGUAUCUACGAGGGUAUAUGCAACGCAGUGCCAAUGGUACUAAUGCCGUUAUUUGGAGACCAGAUGGACAACGCCAAGCAAAUAGAGUCACGGGGAGCAGGACUGACGCUGAAUAUACUUGAAAUGACUUCACAAGACAUAUCCACUGCCCUGAAAGCGGUUAUUAAUGAUAAGAAGUACAAAGAGAACAUCAAGCGCCUCUCUGAGCUUCACCUCGACAGACCCAUCCACCCGCUGGACCUGGCCGUGCACUGGGUGGAGUUUGUAAUGAAACACAAAGGGGCCCCACACCUGCGCCCCGCUGCUCACGACUUGAACUGGAUCCAGUACCACUCCCUGGACGUCAUCGCCUUCCUCCUGGCCGUGGUGCUCCUCUCCCUCUUCAUUUCUCUGAAGUGCUGCCUGUUCUGCUGCCGCAGGUGCUGCUCUAAGAAGGGAAGAGCAAGAAAGCCAACCAAAGCAAAGUCUCACUAGCAGAUGGAACCAGUGGUAGGGAAUAAGGACUCUGCUCCAGGCCAGAAGGAUCAGAGAACAUCUCAAAUUUCACUCAAAUAAUUGCCGGCUUUCAGUCAGGAAAUAAUUGUGUUCCUUUAAAUAGCACCAUAGGAGGGGUUGUUUCACUGAUAUAAUUUUUGCUUUUAAUUAAGAAUUGAUUCUUAAAAAUAAGUUGUAUAGAAGUGCUCCAGUCAUUUGAGAAGAUAGUGUGAAGUCCAAGGCUCCCAGAUUCCACGUCUUAGUCUACAAAGGGCUCUAGGAAACAUAGAAUACCUGGUUGGAAGGGACCUCAUGGAUCAUCUUGUCCAACCUUUCCACUCUGCAGGGUGGUUCUCCCUUCCAAAGUGUCUACUUCCCCACUCCCUAUUCACCACCACCCUCUGGGUGCAGCCUGUCAUCCAGUUCCCCACCCACCACAGAGAUUACUUGUGUAGACUGUAACACAUCAGUUUCUCUAGGAGGUGGCUGUGGGAAACAGCACCUAAAGCAUCGGAGAAAUCCAGGCAGACAACGUCCACUGCUCUCCCCACAGCAACCAAGCAGGUUACUUUGUCAUAGGAAGUGAUCUUGACCCAGAGGCAUUUGAAAGGCUUCCACAAUCACCAUAGUUGACUUCUAUACAUUCAAGGCUCUCCUUAACAUAAAGCACUACUCCUCCUCUUCUUCUGCCCUGCCUGUCUUUACAAAACAACCUGUAGUCAUCUAUCGCAGUCCUGCAGAUGUGUAAAUUGUCCCACCAUCUUCCAGUUAUUCCUAUGAUAUCAUAACUUUCAGUCUGGCUAUGGAGCUCCAGUUCCACGUGUUUGCUCCCCAGGCUGUGAGCACUGGUGUACAUACAUUUGAGGUGGCUGGUCUUAUCGUUCUCAUCUCAGGAGACAGCUAAGGAAUGUUUGUCAGUCCUUAGCUCCCAGAAGGCAGCACACCUGUCCUGACUCCCUGUCAGGUCAGCAGAUGGUGCCUCAGUGCCCCUUAACUGACAGUCACCCACUGUGGUAUCCAAUGUGUGCUCCUGGUCCAGUUUCUUCUUGCAGACCCUGCUCAUGGGCCCCUGGGCUGUGGGCCUACGAGGAGGGUGCACAGCCCUUCUCACCCACCCUCCUGCACAAACUGCUGCGCCCUCUUGAUCUCUGUCUGCAUGGCUUGUUCACAACCCUCUUGGUCACUAGUGCUCGCUGGGGCUGUUUGAAUCUCCUGCGGCUGCAAUGGAGAUAUGGCGGGUAUAUAGCGAUUUCAUAAGACUUUGCUUCAAGGGCUUUAGGAGAACAAUUUGCUCUAGUGUAAGACCGUCAGGUUUAUCAAACACUUUGAAAUCUCUGUGUAGUUGUUGUCAUAGAAGAGGCAAAUGUUAUAUGCUUACUGCAUAUGUCACAUAAGCCAAGCUAGAUGCAUAUCUUAAAUGGGUUUUGUGUGUGUUUACAACAUCCUGAACUCAAAGUUUCAGCAGGGAAGUGGCUCUAAAGCCACUGGUAUUUACCCAAGUUCCCCAUCAGGCAGAGUGCUGUAUUUGGAGCUUACCUGUUAGGUGAUGAGACCUUUGUAAGCACCUUCGUUUAUCAAACCCAACUGUUUUACUCUUUGUAAGUGAUGCUCAGGUAAAGACCCAUACCCCAGCCCUAUAAAUAAAUC